AUGUUACAGACUUCUUCGCCGCAAUUAUUAACGAGCGCACUCGUAGACAUACGCAAUCGUCGGGGUAAAUUAAUCAGAUGUCGAGCCUUAUUGGACACAGGCGCCACGGCGAAUUUUAUCUCAGAAAAUAUCGUAAGACAUUUAGAUGUACGAGUGCUCUCGCACUCGUUGCCGAUCGGCAUGUUAAAUAAUUCGAAUACCUAUUCAAGGGGAGUGGUGCAAAUCGAAAUACAAUCAGUACACGAUAAAUACAAUAAGGCUUUGACAUGCUUGACUAUCCCGGAGAUCGCGAACUUGAUACCAUCGGAGGUUUUUCCGCGCGAGACAAUGAAAUUGCCGAAAAACAUUAAGCUCGCGGAUCCGGAGUUUCAUCUACCGCGUCCCGUAGACUUGUUAAUCGGAUCGGGAGCGACGCUGUCGCUAUUCUCCGUCGGACAAAUAAAUUUGUCGAAAGAGGGACACGAUCUUUACCUACAGAAAACGCGGCUCGGCUGGGUAGUCGCCGGCGGUACAAAUGGUAAGUUCCCCAAAACAACGUGUUAUUUGACGAAUCUCGAAAAUUUAAUAACUAGAUUUUGGUACGUGGAGGAAGUUGCGUCCGAUAAGCCGAGAUCGCGGGAGGAAAACGAAUGCGAGGAAUAUUACGCAAAGACAGUCUCACGUGAUGCGCAGGGCCGUUAUAUCGUCCGUUUGCCAUUUCGCAAGGCAGACAAGCGUCUGGGCGAGUCGCGAUCCGUCGCGCUCAAGCGAUUAAUCGCUUUGGAAAGGAAGCUUGACGCGGAUGUAAAUUUGAAGCAAGAGUAUACUCGCGUGAUAGAGGAAUAUCUCGAAUUAAAACAUAUGUCCCGCGUAGAGGAUGCCAGCGACGACGGAUACUAUAUGCCGCACCAUGCGGUAAUUAAAAAAUCGAGCGACACUACCAAGGUUCGUGUAGUGUUCGACGCGUCGGCAAAAACGAGCAACGGCAUAUCCUUGAACGAUACGUUGUUGACAGGGCCGAUUAUACAAAACAAACUGAUCUCACAUUUAAUUCGAUUCCGCGCGUAUAGAUACGUUAUUUCGGCGGACAUCGAAAAGAUGUUUCGCCAGAUAUUAGUACACGAGGACGAUAGACGAUAUCAGCGCAUUCUUUGGCGCAGAGACAAUGAAAUCGAGACGUUGCAACUUAAUACCUUAACAUUCGGCGUAGCCUCGUCGCCGUUUCUCGCGAUUCGCACCGUGCAUCAACUCGCAGAUGACGAACGUCUCGCAUUUCCGGAAGCAGCCAGCAUUCUUAAGUCGCAUUUAUAUGUUGACGACCUAUUGACCGGUGCCGGAACGAUCGAUGAAAGCCGUAAAAUCAGAAACAAUAUAAUUUCCUUGCUCGCUCGCGGAGGGUUCACUAUUCGACAAUGGGCGUCUAACGACGACCGAAUUAUUAAAGAUUUGUCGUCUAACGCGUUGCAUGCAAAUUUCAUAUUAAAUAGAGACACAAAUUUAAAGACGCUAGGAGUAGUAUGGGAUACGCGCGAAGAUAAAAUAUAUUAUUCCGCACAUCCGUUUAAGAAUGGUGAAAGGGUGACGAAGCGCAAUAUUUUGUCGGAGAUUGCAAAGAUCUUCGAUCUGAUUGGGUUGUUAGGGCCGAUCGUCAUGUAUGCAAAAAGGGUAAUGCAAAACGUAUGGCGGUGCGGCUUACAGUGGGAUGAAUCCAUCCCACAAGAUGUACAUACCGAUUGGUCGGAAUUCGCGCAACAAUGGAAACUAAUCGACCGGAUUCCUUUCGAUCGCAAGCUAUUAGACAACGACCCUCACGACAUUCAAUUUCACGGGUUCUCCGAUGCGAGUAACGUUGGCUACGGCGCGUGCCUAUAUGUACGUUCGCGGGGAAAACGCGGUGAGAUAACAAUCCGGCUGUUGUGCGCCAAAUCACGGGUCGCGCCGUUAAAAACUAUCACCAUUCCGCGACUCGAGUUAUGCGGCGCGUUGUUAUUAGCACAGCUAUACCGCGAAGCAAGCGAGGCGCUAGAGAUUAUACCAAACAAGACCGUUUUUUGGUGUGAUUCCACUACCGUACUUCACUGGUUGGAGACAUCUCCACACUUAUUGAAAACGUACGUCGCGAACCGAGUGGUGGCGGUCCGCGAACUUACCGGUGAUCACGCUUGGCGACACGUUAGAUCGGAAGAUAAUCCGGCAGACGCGAUCUCAAGAGGUCAGCUCCCGCGCGACUUUUUACAAAACCGGCUAUGGCGCACAGGACCCUUAUGGUUGACCAAGGACGAAUGUGAGUGGCCUAACGAGGUCAUGCCAAUUAAGGAAUUACCAGAAUUGAAAAAAAAUACGUGCUUGACAACGACGCAUAGCGAGAUUGGCAUGUUCGAAAAAUAUUCGUCCUAUUCUAAACUUCUCAGGAUUGUAGCGUAUUGCUUGAGGUUUCGACGUGCAAAUAAACAUACCGGUUCAUUAACCGCGGCGGAAAUAAACGAAGCGGAAAUUCGAAUCGUCAAAAAUUUGCAAGCCGCCCGAUUUCCCGACGAAAUUAAGAAAUUAAGGGACAAGACUCCGCUUGGCAAAAUCACGAUAGCCAAUCUAAACCCAUUUUUGGACGAACAUGGUUUGAUUCGCGUCGGGGGUCGACUUCAGAUGUCGACUAUAACUUUUGCUCAAAAACAUCCUAUCUUGUUACCGAACAGGCAUUGGUUAACCGAUCGUAUCAUUAGAGAAAUACACGAGAAUUAUUAUCACACGGGCAUUCAGAAUACGCUAUACAAUCUCCGACAAAGGUUCUGGCUACCGGACGGCCGGAAUCAAGUACGGAAGGUUGUAUGCACAUGCACGCGGUGUGCUCGUUUUGACGCCAGUACGAUCGAAUACAAAAUGGGGAACCUUCCCGCGGUGCGCGUACGUGAAGCCACACUGUUUGUCAACACAGGUAUAGAUUAUUGCGGCCCGUUUUUCGUAAAGGAGAAGAAAUUCCGAAAUAGAAAUCGCGUCAAGGUUUAUGUGUGCAUUUUUGUCUGUAUGGCGAUAAAAGCUGUACACUUAGAAGUCGUGAGCGACUUGACGUCUGAUGGUUUUCUGGCGGCGUUGCGACGGUUCAUAGCGAGACGAGGCUUGCCGGAAAAUAUAUAUUCUGACAACGGUACAAAUUUUAUAGGCGCGAAUAACCGACUAAAAGAAAUGUACGCGUUAUUUAAUUCCGAGGAACAUAAAGACGUCGUGAGUAGAUUUGCGAGUACACACCGAGUUGCAUGGCAUUUUAUACCGCCGUUAGCUCCGCACUUUGGCGGAUUAUGGGAAUCGGUCGUAAAGCUUUUCAAACAUCAUCUCCGACGCGUUGUAGGAGAUUCGCUGUUUACAUACGAGGAGUUGUCCACAUUCGUUACCGAGGUUGAGGGUAUAUUAAACUCAAGGCCAAUCACGACAAUAUCGUCCGACCCAAACGACAUGUUAGUGUUAUCUCCGGCUCACUACUUAAUCGGCCGACCCAUAACGGCUCUACCGGAAGGUGAUCUAUCGUCCACACCAGCGAACCGCCUGUCUACCUGGCAACACAUAACAAAGGUGCGACAGGAUUUCUGGGCUCGUUGGUACCUCGAGUAUCUCAAUGAGCUGCAAAUACGAAACAAGUGGCUCAAAGACGGACCUCAACUCAAGUUGGGUACCGUCGUACUCAUUAAAGAUAAGAAUUUGCAAUGCACACAAUGGGCUAUGGGCCGAAUAACAGAUUUACAUACGGGCAACGAUGGUAUAACCCGGACGGUCACGGUUCGAACUGCCAACGGCGAAAUAAAAAGAGCGACCAGGGCUUUAUGCCCACUUCCCGCCGAAUAA